AUGCCAGCAUCCCAAACGCGAAAGCGCCCGGUUUUCCUCGAUCCCGACCGUCGUAUCCCAACCGAGGGCUAUAACACACCCGAAGAAAGUACACCGAGCCGAUUUCACAUACUGUUUAACUCUCUUUCCAAAGUUCUUUUCAUCUUUCCCUCACGGUACUUGUUCGCUAUCGGUCUCUCGCCAAUAUUUAGCUUUAGAUGGAAUUUACCACCCAUUUUGAGCUGCAUUCCCAAACAACUCGACUCAUCGAGAGCGCAUCACAAAGCCCUGGCGGUCCGUGUCAAAGACGGGAUUGUCACCCUCUACGACGCUCUUUUCCAAGAGACUUGUACACGGUCCAGCGCGGAUGUCGCUUCUCCAGAUUACAACUCGGACGACGAGGACGCCGCCAGAUUUUAA